AAGUUCAUAAAGCCCUCCCUCCUCCUUUCUUCCUAUCAUCCAUCUUCACCAUCAACCAUCCACUUCUCGAAAGAAAGCAAAUACUACAUACCAAAAUGACUCCAACCCACACUCCCUCAUCCAGAGAUCCUAACAGCCACCAUCGCCCAACAAACACCUACUACAGCAUGCCAAACUACCACCGCAUCCUCGGCACCUACGCCAUAACCGGCCUCUUCGCCUGCGCACACAUCACAUCCUCCCCAUCUACCACCCCCCCCCACAACAACACUCUUCUGGACAAACCACCUCAUUACCCUGGUAGUCCUCCUCCUAAUGAACCCAUUCCUGUGUUUCGAGCGCACGAUUGUUGAUAACGACGGGAAGACAGUUAGCGUGAGGGCUCCGUUGAUAGGGUUUCGGUCUUGUGAGGUGGAAUUGAAUCUGGAGGGAGUUCGAAA